AUGAAGCAACAUUUAGCUUCCCUACCAGAUAUCGCAGCACCAAAAACCGGGGAGUUAAUAUCGGUGUACCUCUCAAUCGCUGACGAGGCCAUCAGUGCAGUCCUCACCAUUGAGCGAGAUAAGGCCCAGGUACCCGUUUAUUUUUUCAGCAAAACUCUAAAAUUAGCUGAAAGAAAAUAUCCUCCUCUUGAAAAACUCGCCCUAGCCCUGGUUCAAACAGGUAGAAGGCUUCGAAGGUAUUUCCAAGCACACCCCAUACAAGUGGUCACCGACCAACCUGUUAAGAGUGUGCUUGAAAAUCCUGAAAACUCGGGGCGAUUAGCCAAAUGGGCCAUAGAACUGGGUGAGCAUAACAUCACCUAUGUCCCGAGAAAAGCUAUCAAGGCACAAGUCUUAGCCGAUUUCAUUGUGGAAGUCCCAAACCAAACAAUCACUGAAACCACCAAUAACGAAGCUGAAUACGAGGCACUAAUAGCUGGCUUAAGGCUAGCUAAAGAGAUGAAAAUCGAAAAGCUUGAAGUGUUCACAGAUUCAUUUCUGGUUUCAAGCCAAGUGAAUGAUAGCUACAUAGCUAAGGAACCCAACAUGAAAAAAUACAAAGAAAAAUCCAAGGAACUAAUGAGUACCUUCAAGGCAUGCAACAUCAAACAGAUCCCUAGAUCUCAAAACAAAAAGGCUGAUGCCCUAAGCAAGCUUGCAUCUCUCACUUUUGCCCACCUUACCAAGAAGGUGCUGGUAAAAGUGUUGAAGGCCCCAUCGAUCGACGAAUUGGAAAUCCAAGACGUAGUUACUGAAGAAGAUCCAAACUGGAUGACUCCCAUCAAAAAGUUCCUUAAAAACGGUGAAUUGCCAAAUGAUCAAGCAGAAGCUAAAAGGGUUGAAAUCAAGGCAAGGCAGUACGAGCUACAGGGAGAAACCCUUUACAAAAGGGGUUACCUUGCCCCCUUGUUAAGAUGUGUCGGUCUGGAACAAAGCAAGUACUUGAUCAAAGAAAUUCAUAAAGGUGUGUGCGGAGCUCACUUUGGAGCUAGGUCGGUGGUUGCAAAGCUCAUGAACCUCGGAUAUUUCUGGCCAUCAAUGCAUCGUGAUACAAUCGAAGAAUUGAAGAAAUGUGACGCUUGUCAAAUUCAUUGCUAA